AGACACAGCGGUACCACCUACCCGGAGUCGGAGCCGUCAGCUUCGCUCAGUACCGCUCCAACUGUGACGCCGGCCGGUCCGACUCCGCCGCCCGCCCGCCGCCGAGCCGCGCUGUGCCGUCAGUGAGGUGCCGAGGAACUUAGGCUCAUCAGUGGGCAAUACGGGUAAAGACGAGUGCUGAUUGUUAGUCAGAGUCAGUACAAAGUACAUACCAGCAGGAUUAAGAUCGGGAUUUCGAUUCACGUAUUCGCUGGUCAGUGAUAUCGAUCAUCUGAAAACAAGACGCGGCAAGGUGGUCACUGGUCAGACCUCAUCACUUCCAACAUCUUCAGAGGGUUCCAGCUCACCGAUCUAGUCAGCCAGCACUCAGAGUGGCAGCUGAUAUUGUCGACCGACACCUGACCGAGCCGGGAGAGGCUGUCAGUCGCGUGGACCGCCUCCAGCCGGGACUAUAACGGUCUCUCAGCUCCACCGACCACAGUCGUCAGGAUGGCGUCUGUUCUCUCCGCCGCUAUCUGCGCGCUGCUGCUGCUGUCACCAGCCGCUGCCAUCAACGUGCUCAUCUUACACCCGGUGUACGCCGGCAGCCACGAGCUAACGCUGCGGGUACUCGGUGAACAGAUGGUGGCGCGCGGACACAACGUCACCCAGAUCAGAUUUUUGAGCCGGAAAUCGAAGCCGGUCGACUCACCCGUGGAGCUUCUGAGCCGGACGGUCAACAACACGGACCUGCGCUCGUCGUACUUUGACCGUGAUGGGGUGUUCGUUCCCCCGACCGACCUGCUGUGGCAACGCACCCGGCGCCUGUCCAGCCUACCCACCGACGUUUUCUCCAUGACACACGCCUUCUGCGAGAGCCUGCUGGGUGACCACCACCUGUUCGAGUCGCUGCGUCAGCGCCGCUUUGACGUAGCGCUGGUCGACAUCAUCUCCAACGAGUGCGGUCUGGCGCUGGCCGCAGCGCUGAAGCUGCCCGUGGUCGGCUUCUGGGGCUUCAGCUUUGUCGGCGGAGAGAGUCACGCCACGUCCACGAUGAACCUGCCGUCUGUGACGCCCACCUUCCUGUCCGACACGGGACCUCAGAUGGGCUUCACGGCUCGCCUCUACAACACGCUCUGCAUGAUCGUACACAAGGUGCUGCUACAGGUUCAGUUCCGAAUCGCCAACGAGUACAUCCAGAGGCACUACCCGACGCUGCCAGACGCAGCCACCUUGGUGAACAACAUCGACAUGGUACUGGUGCACUCCAACUUCCUGGCGUCACAGCCGGUCCUGCUGCCGCCCAACGUCCAAAUGAUUGGCUGUACCCAGUGCAGGGACGCCAGACCGCUGCCCAAGGACUACGAGGAUUUCAUGCAGAGCGCCGGUGAGCACGGCGUAAUUGUCUUCAGUCUGGGCAUCACCGGCUACGAGGCGCUCUCGGUUCCGGACGACUACAUCGAGGCCUUCAUGAACGUCUUCGGCCGGCUCAAGCAGAAGGUGCUGAUGAGGUUCACUGCGUCCCGUUUGAAGAGGGUCCCGUCCAAUGUCAAGGUCGUUGACUACCUUCCUCAGAUCGAUGUUCUCGGUCACAACCAGACCCGAGUGUUUGUCACUCACUGUGGCAUGAACGGUAUGAUGGAGGCCUUCUACGCAGGAGUUCCGCUGCUUGGAGUACCUAUCUUCGGCGACCAGGGAGACAACUCAAAGUUUAUGCAUCAUCGCGAGCUUGGCAUUGGGCUGGACAAGUUCGGUCUGACCGAAGAAAUUCUGAUGGACUCCCUCAAUAAGCUUCUUUAUACUAACAAGUACCGGGAUAACGUGCGGCGCGUGCGCGACAUCUGGCGGAUGGAGCCGGAGUCGGCCACGGACCGCGCCCUACACUGGAUCGAGCUUGUGUCGCGGUUCGGCGCGCCCAGCCACCUGAGGAUGGUGGACGGUCACCUGCGCUGGUACCAGUACUGGCUACUGGACGUGGCAGCGGUAUACGCCGCUGUCCUCCUGGCUGCGGUGAUGGCGGUAGUGCUCGGAGUGCGCGGCUGCCUCCGACGUCUGACCGGAAAGGCCGUGACGACGCCGGUCAGCCCGCGGAAGACCAAGACGAAGAAGCAGUAGUGGGUGUGAGGGACGGCAGGGUAACGGGCCUGGGUCAGGGAGGUGAAUCUCUGCUCAGUGAGCGUCCUAAGCGUCAGUGUUCAGCAGGGCCGUCUGAAGGCACUCAGGAUGAUUAAAUGUUGCGAGGUGUGUGUGAAUAAGGGGAUGAGCGUGAAUGAUGUAUCAGAGAUAUACUUUGGAUGAGUUGGUCGCUUCACGUUGGUGUGCUUGUAGCGGUUGUCACAUAAGUUGGUACAUAUGUAGUUCCGUAUCAAAUUAACUCCACGCUCUGAAGCUACACGACAGCAUAUUAUAUAUAGCAAGCAGUGGCCUUUCACUGCAUUUUCACCUCCUAUAGCGGUUUGACGUAUGCAGCCAUGCCGUUUGCUGUCACCAUAUCACUACCAGUACAUGCAUCUAUUUAUUGGUUAGAACUGUUAGAUGUACAUAUGUCUAACAGUUAGAUGUAUGUAGGUUGCUUCAUUUGUCUUGUGUCUACCAUGAAUAUUGUUUGAUUGCUAGUUUUUAAUCGUAAUGCUCUUGGGAACCUUUAUUACACCUUUGUUUUCAAGUUUUAUUUUCUAACUUUAAGAUGCUUUUAAUUGUUAACUGCCUCCCAAUAGGUUAGAAAUAAAUAUCAGUAUUGUUUCAGGACGCAGUGAUGCUGCCAAUGGCCAUGCUAUUUAUCGUGUCAGACAUUGUAAUGUUUAUUCACAUUUGAUGAGAACACAGAAAAAAAUUCUAAAUAGCCAUUUGGCUAUUUAGAAUAUUUGUUUUUGUGUUUUCAUCGAGUGUGAGUAAAUUGCCAUGCUAUUGAUCAGUAUUUCGUAUUUAUUCUUCAUCCGACAUAACAAACGUUGAGAAACUUUAUAUCGUAGUUCUACUACAUUGUUCUACAUUUUCUGCAUGGUAUCUGUCACAUGAAUAUAUUGCCAUUUUGAGUCGGCCACCGAA